AUGCGAGAAGUUAAAAUUCGUAAACUAUGUUUGAAUAUUUGUGUCGGUGAAUCUGGAGAUAGAUUAACUAGGGCUGCCAAGGUAUUAGAGCAGUUAACAGGUCAACAACCUGUUUUUUCCAAAGCGAGGUACACAGUCCGUUCCUUUGGUAUUAGAAGAAAUGAAAAAAUUGCUGUUCAUUGUACCGUAAGAGGUGCUAAAGCAGAGGAAAUAUUGGACAGAGGAUUAAAAGUAAAAGAAUAUGAAUUAAAAAGGGACAAUUUUUCCGACACUGGAAACUUUGGAUUUGGAAUCCAAGAACAUAUUGAUUUGAACAUUAAAUAUGAUCCAAGUAUUGGUAUCUAUGGAUUAGAUUUUUAUGUCGUUUUGGGAAGGCCAGGUUUUAAUGUGGCACACAGAAGGAGAAAGAAGGGAGUCAUUGGAUUCAGGCACAGGUUAACAAAAGAAGAUGCCAUGAAGUGGUUCCAGCAAAAGUAUGAUGGUAUAAUCUUGCCUGGAAGUAAAAAGUAA